AUGGACCUUUUGAAGGUCGGAUCGGAACCAGUCGGUAUGCGGUGUCCUUAUUGCCAAGAAGACGUCAUGACAAAAGCUAAUUACAGAAAUACUAAUAUUACGCAUUUCCUUGCUCUCAUUCUGGGUAUAUUGUUUUGGUGGUUGUGUUGCUGUAUAAUCCCUUACGUCACAAAAAGGUGGAAGAAUGUAGAACAUUACUGCCCUAAUUGUCGUCGGUAUUUGGGAAUGUAUUCAAGAUCAACGAUACUUUAA